GUUCUCCAGGAGAACCACAGAAUUUGAAAUGUAUAACGCACGAUUUACACAAAAUGAUCUGUACUUGGGAUGUCUCUUCCAAAGGAAGAUAUGGACAAACUGAUUUUUGUUACGCCACCAGUAACCUCCUCCCUCCAGUGUGUAUUAAAACUAGGGAGAAAAGAGUAGAGAUUCCAGUCUCAGAGAGCUCCUUCACUGUGACAAUAACCACCAACAGCAUUUAUGGAGCUGCUUUUGCCACCAAAAAAAUUGUAAUUCACAAGAAAGACAUCUCAUUCAUUCCGCUUGCUCCACACAUUCUUAGUUUAACUCCUGACUUCUCAACUUCCACAUUAAAUCUGAAGUGGAGUGAUAAUGGAUCAGUCUUUCCAUAUGGAUUGGAUGCAUUUUGGCAGAUUGAAAUACUCCGUAAAGAAACAAUGGAAAAAGUAACACAAGUAAUUUACCAUUCAAAACUGACCCAUGAAAACAUCAUUCUUUCUUGGAACUGGACAUCAGACAUGCCUUUGGAGUGUACAUCACACUAUGCAAAGAUUCGCUCUUACAUUAAUAUCACGGACUUUAUGGGCCACAAGGACUGGAGUGACUGGAGCCCAGUAGAAAAGGUUCCUGGAAAAGAUACUGAGCCCAAUGGCAGUGGGGUUUUUCCUCAGGACACUGUGGUAGCAGUAGGUUCAGAUGUGACAAUUUGUUGUAUCCAUGAAGAAGGUCAACAGAUCCAACAGAUGACUUAUGGAUCAGAAAUCUACCCACUAAUACACCUGAGCAGUCGGAGCAGUGCAAUCAGAGUGCUAAAUGCCAGUGCUUCACAUGCCAGCGGGACAAAUGUAGUAUGCACAUUGUCGCCAGAUGGGAUGGAUGGAACUGUCUUGUUUGUAGGAUAUGCCCCUGAUACACCUCAAAACCUCAGCUGUGAAACAUCCAACUUUCUCAUAAUAAAAUGUACCUGGAAACCAGGCAGACCCAGUGGACUAUAUGGAAAACGAGGAACAAAGUACAGUUUACUAGAAAGAAUAUCUGGUAAAAAUGUUUCGUGUGAAGUAAAUGAAAUGAGCAGAGAGCAUGUAUGUGGUUUCCCAGUGCUGACUGAUCAGAAAACCUACAGCUUCACAUUAGGUGUCUCCAAUCCUGUCGGGCAAGCAGAGUCCUCACUUUUGGUUGAUUUAACUCAGAGAGUUCAUCCAAAAACUCCAGAAAAAUUAAUUGCUUCUGGGAACAGUUCUACAAAUGUCCAAUUGCGCUGGUAUAUAAAUGGUAGCUUUACUGAGAUCCGGCUUCUGUGUCAAAUUGAAAUUAGCAGCGGUCACUCUGAGCAAAAACUGCAGAACGUCUCCAUGGCUGGUGGAAAAUUCUCAACCUACACAGCUCAGCUGAAUUCCCUGCACCCGUAUACUAAAUACCAGUUCAAGGUUCGCUGUUCAGCUGCUGAUCACUUCUGGAGAUGGAGUGACUGGAGUAGGGCAGAGGAAUACACUACACUGGAAGCCCCGCCUGUAAGAGGACCAGAUGUUUGGAGAGAGAGAAGUCCUUCUGGAAGAAGUCUAAAAAUUUUCUGGAAGCCAUUGUCCCUUUCCGAAGCCAAUGGAAAAAUAGUGUCUCAUGAAGUGUCAUGCUACCUGCUAGAUACACCGCUGGAGUAUAAAGAAGUCACCGAACCAUCACAUAGUACUGAGAUAAAGCUUGGAAAAAACGAUUGCGUAAUUAGCGUUGUAGCCAAAAAUCACGCAGGCUCAUCUCCCCCUACAAAGAUAAUGAGCGUGGAACUGCCGAGUGACGAUGUCAGAACAGAGCACGCCGUUGCACUGGGGAAUGGAAUUUAUAUUUCUUGGACUUCUUACCCCAAUGUGACCUGUGGCUACAUUGUAAAAUGGUGUCAUUCAUCUGGGGCUGAGCCCUGUAGCGUGGACUGGCAGAAAUUUCCUUCAAACACAACAAAUGCAGUGAUAAAAUCCGCACUGUUUAGACCUGGUGUGAGAUACAACUUUUCACUAUACGGCUGCAAAUCCAGCGGAUAUCAGUUGUUGAAGAACAUAACUGGGUACAUGAAAGAGCUGCCUCCAAAACGUGCACCAAAUUUUACUGUAGAAGAAACAUCUUCUGAUUCGAUAUUGGUAAAAUGGGAAGACAUUCCUAUUGAGGAUUGCCAGGGGUUUCUAGAGGGAUAUCGGCUUUCCUUUGCAAAAGGUGAAAAAGAUGCUUUAAAGCCUAGGCUUUCAGAAUCAGCGCAGUUAUUCUUUAAUAUGAGGCAAAAGUCAGAGAAAGCAGUGACUCACCGGGGCCAUGGAGCUAAGUCUUUGAGAAUACUUGAUCUUCAAGGCAAAACAAGCUACCAGCUGGACCUACAAGCCUACACUGCUGGUGGGAUGAGCCCUGCAAAUAGCCUCUAUGUGGUGACAAAGGAGGAUUCUGUGGGAUUAAUCAUUGCAAUCCUCAUCCCAGUGGCAGUAGUUGUUCUGCUUGGAGUGGUGGCCAGCAUCUUUUGCUACAGAAAGAGGGAAUGGAUUAAAGAAACAUUUUAUCCUGAGAUCCCAAAUCCAGAGAACAGCAAAGCACUGCAGUUUCAGAAGAACAUCUGCGAAGGGAAUAAGACACUUAAAACACUGGAAAUGAACCCCUGCACCCCUAAUAGUGUUGAAGUGGUGGAAACACAGUCUGUUGCUCCCAAGAUAGAAGACACAGAGAUGAUGUCCCCAGCCGCAGACACCGUGCCCGAAGAUGACUCUGACUCAGAAAAUGAAAACCAUGUAGUUGUGUCCUAUUGCCCCUCUAUUGUUGAAGAGGAGAUCUCAAAUCCCCCUAUGGAUGAACCUGUGGGGUCAUCUCAGGUGGUUUACAUUGACAUCCAGUCAAUGUAUCCGCCUCAAAUUGAAGCAGAGGAGGAGUCAGAAAUAGACUUUGUGACUAAAGCAGAUUUUGAUUUCCGAAACUAG